UACUAGGCGAGAAAGUUAUCCAAUUCAUUUCUUACUUAGUAGUUGUUGCAGAUUACAUCUUAUUCGAUCAUAUUUUACUAUUUUUGUUUAGGUAUAAGUAAUUGUUCGUAAAUAAAAAUGAUCAGAAUUACUUGAACAAUCCUUUUGUUUGGCCUUUUUCUUUUCUGUAUGUUUUAUUUGGUUCCCCUUUGAUAUCUUCCAAUUUGGUUUUCACACAAAUAAUCUAGCUAUUUUUUUUGUUUUGUUCAUUUAAUAUUUUUUGCAUUAUUUUGAUAAGUUUUAUUUGGUUCAUUUGAUCUGAAUUCAAUGGUCAUGACAAUCCAAUGUUCCAUGGAUCAGAAACAUGCGAUUUUAUUUCUGAUAUCAAUUGGGUGUUUAGGUAGCAUCCAACACUCGGAUGCUAGAUGCUCCUAAAACACUAUUCGUUUGAUCCUAAGUCCAUGGGGUCGGGUUGAAACUUGAAAGAGAUUGAGAGGGAUUCACCUACGAGUCAAAAUCUCCCUCUGCUCCCUUCAAUCCCUCUCAUCUCAUAAUCAAACGAACAAGGCCUAAGGUGGUGAUUCGACCGUACCAAAACACUGAGUCGUCAAAACUUACGAUUGAUAAAAAAAAAAGCUAUAAGACGUAAGAGGUGACAUGGCCUCCCUUUGGCUCCGGCCCUGGGUACAGGACUGCUGGUGCUGAGAUACCUGAUCCAUCGAUUCUAUGAUUCCACCCUGUCUAGUGUUUGUGCUCGUCUUCGGAAAACACCAUAUGUGUCCAAGUGCCGUGUGGCGCUAACUGUGGAGGACCCAAACGGCAAAUCCAAGGCAGAGCAGACAGACGACAGGCGGAAGGAACUGUCCAUCGAUGUGCGUCCAUAAUAUCCCUCCCUACAAAAGCUGAUGAAAUACGUAGCCUUGAAGAGCAAGCAGCAGCAAUGGCGCAGGAGAUCGAGCACACUCACCUCCUCAUCCGCGGGCUCAACCUCCACGUCGCGCAAGUAGGCAAAGGUGACCUGGGCACGGUGGUGUUCCUGCACGGCUUCCCGGAGAUAUGGUACACAUGGCGCCACCAGAUGCUGGCCGUGGCCGCGGCGGGGUACCGCGCCGUCGCGCCGGACUGCCGUGGGUACGGGCUGUCCGACCUGCCGCCGGAGCACGAGGAGGUCUCCUUUGACGACCUCGUCGCCGACGUGCUCGGCAUCCUCGACGCCCUCGACGUCCCAAAGGCGUUCCUGGUGGGCAAAGAUUUCGGCGCCUUUCCGGCGUACGAGUUCGCGCUCCAGCACCCGGAGCGCACCCGCGGCGUGGUGUGCCUUGGCAUCCCCUUCAGCCCGAUCCCCAUAGCCAUCGACGCCUUGCCCGAAGGCUUCUACGUCCUGCGCUGGCGCGAGCCUGGCAGGGCGGAGGCGGACUUCGGCCGGUUCGACGUGAGGCGCGUGGUGCGCACCGUCUACGUGCUCUUCUCCCGCGCCGAGAUCCCGAUUGCCGACGAAGGGCAGGAGAUCAUGGACCUGGCCGACCUGUCCACGCCGCUGCCGGAGUGGUUCACCGAGGAGGACCUCGACGCCUACGCCGAGCUCUACGAGAAGUCCGGCUUCCGCUACCCACUUCAGAUGCCGUACAGAGCUCUACACAAGAUCCCGAACCGGCUGGACGCCAAGUUCCAGGUGCCGGUGUUCAUUGUGAUGGGGGAGAAGGACUACUGCUUCAAGUUCCCGGGGUUCGAGACCGCCAUGCGCGGCGGCAUCAUGGACAGCUUCGUGCCGGAGCUGAAGAUCACCUACAUCCCGGAGGGGAGCCACUUCGUGCAGGAGCAGUUCCCAGAGCAGGUCAACGACCUGCUUCUCGGCUUCCUCAAGGACCAUCCCUCCACUGCGUAAAGGAUUUAAGGAGAGAGUGAGACCGUGAGCUUGGAUCCAUGACUGUGAUAAAAAAAAUGAUCGUUGUUACGUUACCCGGUCGUAGCUGUAGGUAGAGGUGCUUUGGAUUUAGAUUAUGGAGUGAAGUCUAGUUAGACUCUAGUUGCUUUGGAUGGGAUUGAAUGGGAUCUAUAGAAUCCAAAAUUUAUUGGACACUAGGGGCCGGUCAUAUGCUUGUCCGUUGCAACAAGAAAAAUUAUAUCAUGAUAAUCUAAGUUUGAAGGUGCUAUACUUCACCAAGAAAAGAAACAAUAGUUUGAGCGUGUUGCUUGCAAUUCCAUUUGUAUAAUCAAUCAUAUCAAUAAAACAUCGGGUCAGCAAUCUUGAAACA